AUGGCUUUCAUGAUGAUGAAAAAGAAGAAAUUUAAGUUUCGGGUGGAUUUUGAGUUGGAUGAUCUGUCUUCUGUUCCUUUCGUUAAUGGGAUCUUGUUCUGCAAAAUUCGACUUCUGGAUGGAGGCAGCUUCAGUGUGGAAUCAAGCAGGGAAGUUGUCCAAGCUAACAGUGUCCAUUGGAAGAAAAAAGUUCUCCUUUAUGUGCAAGAUGAGUGCAAGUGCUGCCUCCGGGAUCUUGGAUCCGUGUGUCUGCAGGGGUCCGUCCGUAAGGAGCUGAAAGGUGGGAAAGCCUAUGCGAAGCUUGGCUUUGCAGAUCUCAACCUUGCAGAGUUUGCUGGGUCUGGCAAUACAAUCCGUCGAUGUCUCCUAGAGGGAUAUGACACAAAGAAUACCCGGCAAGAUAAUUCUAUUUUAAAGGUUGGAAUCAGCAUGCAGCUCAUGUCUGGGGACCCCUGCUUUAAAACACCACCUUCCACUGCCACAUCAAUUGUGGUUUCUGGAGAUUCAGACUCUCUGCAGGAAGACCGAAAAGGGCGUGAGACUGUGAAACUGCAUCUGGGAGUUGCUGACCUUUCAUCAAAGAGUGCUUCUGUCCCUGAUGAACUGGGAGCAUGUGGACAUUCCAGGACCUCAAGUUAUGCCAGUCAGCAGUCCAAGGCGUCAGGAUACAGCACAGGGCAUUCACGGUCUUCCAGUCUAUCAGAGUUAAGCCACCGGAGGAACACAUCUGUGGGCAGUGCUUCUACCGGGAUUGGGAGUAUUCCAGAGCCAAAUGAGGAUGACAAAGUUGUUGCAUUCAGCCCGGAAAUUACAGAGGAGGGCUCAUCUUCUGAAAAACUAAGCAGAUCUUAUCAAACUACAGAAAGAACUGACACAUUUUCAUCUGCUCCAAAAAGGUUUUACAAUCCCAGGAUCCCAGUUAAACAAGACUCUGUUGAGUCACAGUUAAAACGUGUAGAUGCCACCCGUGUUGAUGCAGAUGAUGUAGUGGAAACAAUUCUUCAAAGCCAGGACUUCUCUCUUGAUUCAAGUGCUGAAGAGGAAGGUCUGAGACUUUUUGUGGGUCCUGGAGGGAGCACCGCUCUUGGAAGCCAUCAUCUGCCAAAUAGGGUCGGCGCUGGAGCUUAUGAGCAGGUCGUAAUCAAACGCUGA